GUGUUUUUGUUUUGAAAUUGUCGUUUCCACGUUUUUUGCGUGAAAUUCAAUCAAAAAUCAUGAAACAAAACGAGAAAUUUGUUCAAGAAAGUAGCGAUGAAGAAGAUCCCGUACCAGAUUUCGACACUUGUGACGAAAAUGAGCUCAAUCGACUCUUCAAACGGCUUGAACCCUUCGAAAUUCAAGUUGGACAGGACUUGAAGGAGUAUAUUUUGCAUCUAACGACCACAAGCAGUACAAAAACCCUUCUUGCCACGGGAAGUUCAACCGGAAUUGUCCAACUUUACGACGUUACAACACAAAAAGGACUCGUCACGCCAAAAACUAUCUCCAAAGAUGAUGUUUUGUUGUCUGGAUUGAAGUUUGACCCAACAAACGAUAACAUUUUGUACGUUAAUCGUGUCUCUGGCGAGUGUAAAAGUUACGAUUUGAGAAGUAACGAGGUCAUUCACGCCUAUUUUGAUGACUCAAGUGGUACAAAGAAGCCUUUUUCAUGCAUGGAUGUCAAUCAAAACGGCAGAAUUUUAUGUUGUGGCACCGAAAAAAUACGAGGCGAUGCGUUUUUACUCUUUUUUGAUACGAGACAACGUCAAUUGCUGGGCGGUUAUUGGGAAAGUCACGAAGAUGACAUCACAAAUAUCAAAUUCCAUCCAAAAAAUCCUGAUUCCGUGGCAAGUUCAAGUACCGAUGGGCUUCUGAACGUUUAUGACAUCAAACAAUCCACGGAAGAUGAUGCCUUGUUGGUGUCUUUUAACACGGAAAGUAGUCCCAGUCAAGCAUUUUGGUACAAAAAAGAUAAUUUGGAUCAUUUGGCGUGCAUUACAGACACAAAUGACCUUCAAUUGUUCAAUGUGGAGACGCAAGAUAAGGUUCACGAGUUCAAACGAAGUGAAAUUGCGACACAAUUGAAGAGAAAUUCCCCGAUUGAUUGCUGUUUGCUUGGAUGUUAUGUCGAAAAAGAUGAUGUUUUCUUCGUUGGAACGUCAAAUUUUAACAAAGGGGAAUGUCUUCGAAGCUUAAAAUUAUCACAAAAAAUGACUCUUGAGCCUUCUUACAACUUCGUUCGAGCCAAUCAGAUCUUCAGAUGUGCUGAAUAUAAUGAAAAAGCUAAAAUUCUGUUCACUGGAGGCGAAGACGGGCGCGUUCAAUUGUGGAAUUUGGACGAUUCCCUUCCAUCUGACGGUCAAAAUCUCAAGGAAAAAUCAAAAUUGAGUGAAAAGCCACACAAAAAAGUUAAACCUUACUAAAAUUCGACGUUCUAUUCGCUAAAAAAUAAAUAAUUUUCUACAAUUCA